AGGGACAAUCGCGUCGGUCGCGCGACGAAUCCAAACAAAAGAUCAAUGCGCCAUCACCAUCCGAGAAACGCAGCGAUAUCAGUACCAUUCCAAGGAACGAUCGACGUAUCAGCAUAAUUUACCAACCUGUGCUUUUAAAAGCGCACAUCAUCAUGCCUGCGCGGACAGCUGCGCGCCCAGGGCGUGCCUCUGGCACCUCGAGGGCGAGCGGUAGAGGGUCUGGCGCAUCAGCGAGCGCAGAGCCCACCGAUACACCGGAUAACCCUCUGCGACAACGUAUAUGCUCCAUAUUUGGCGACGCACAGAAGACUACGGCUACCCAUCGAAAAUUGGCCGUCAACCUGCGCAAGAUUCACGAGGCAUGCUGCUACGAACCGACCACUGGUAAGGCCAGCGAGGGGGAGGGGUUUGACGAGGCAACAUUCAACAAGGAGUUUGUGCGCUGCGUCCUGAAAGCGAUGCCUGUGAAGAAGACGGAAAGUGCAGGAGAGAAGAUCAUCAAGUUCGCCGGGUUCUUCCUUCGGCAUGCGAGCGACAAAGAUUACGAGAUCCUGGGAGACCAAGGGGCAGAUGACAGUAUCUUGCCCGAGACGCCAAGCACUCGCCUCGCGGCGGAGGUGUUGGAGGCCGUUCUGCCUUUGAUGACUGCGAAAGACAAAUUUGUGCGCUUCAGGGCGACGCAACUCGUUUCAUUCACCGUCAACUCCCUCGAAGCGAUCGACGAUGACUUAUUCCAAAAACUGCGACACGGACUCCUCAAACGAAUCCGCGACAAGGAGGCCAUGGUCCGUUCUCAGGCGGUACUGGGCCUUGGUCGACUUGCUGGCAACCAUACAGAGGGUGGCACCGACUCAGAUGACAGUGGCGAUGACCAAGGUGGCUUGCUGGAGAAGCUACUCGAUGUGUUGAAGAACGACCCGGCCGCAGACGUUCGCAAGUCCUUACUCGUAACACUGCCCAUCACACAAGCCACCCUGCCUUUGCUGCUGGAAAGGGCAAGAGAUCAGGAUCCUGCCACUAGGCGCACUGUCUACUCGCGCCUACUGCCUUCGCUCGGCGACUUCCGGCACCUAUCGCUCUCGAUGCGCGAGAAGCUCUUGCGGUGGGGGUUGCGCGACAGAGACGAGAAUGUUCGAAAAGCCGCUGGUCGUCUGUUCCGCGAACGGUGGAUCGAAGACUGCGCUGGUGUACCGGCCGAAGGCGAUCAACAGGCCGAUGCUGGUCCCAGUUUUGACGGUCUGUUGGAGCUUCUUGAGCGCAUUGAUGUGAUCAACUCAGGGGUUGAAAACGGUGUCGCGCUCGAGGCCAUGAAGGGGUUCUGGGAAGGUCGCCCCGAUUAUCGCGAAAACGUGGAACUGGACAACACGUUCUGGGAAACACUGUCCGCCGAGUCUGCUUUCAUGGCUCGCAGCUACAAUGACUUUUGCCGUAACGAGGGCAAUGGCAAGUACGAGCGCCUUAUAGACGAGAGGCUUCCGGAAGUGACCAAGCUUGCAUUCUAUCUCGAGCGCUACCUGCAGGUACUUGCUGAAGCGAUCAAGCGAGUAAACCAGCAAGAAGGCGACGAAGACGAAGAAGAGGACACAACUGAGCAGGAGUUUAUUGUCGAACAAUUACUGCACAUUGCGAUGACUUGCGACUACUCGGACGAAGUGGGCCGGCGGAAAAUGUUCACCUUGAUGCGAUCCUCCUUGUCGAACCCGGACAUGCCAGAUGAGGUCACCAAGCUUACCAUCGAGGUGCUGCAAGGGAUCUGCUCCCCCGAUGCAGCCGGCGAGCGCGAGUUUUGCAGUAUCGUUCUGGAGGCUGUCACCGACGUACACGAUACUAUCAUGGACGAGCCAGCCGAAGACGAGGGUGAAAGCUUUCACUCUGCAAGAUCCGAGAUCAGCUCGGAGAGUGGCCCAGCGAAGACCAACAAACGCGAGGGCAAGCCCGAACUUAGCGAGGAAGAAGCUCGCGACAAGGCGGUCAAGGAGAUUUUGGUCAACAUGAAGUGCCUACACAUUGUGCAAUGCAUGCUGACGCAUGUUGCUGGGAAUCUUCAGGACAAUAGCGAUUUGGUCGCCAUGUUGAACAACCUAGUCGUGCCUGCGGUCCGAAGCCAUGAAGCACCAGUUCGUGAAAGAGGACUGUUGUGUCUCGGCCUAUGUGCGCUACUAGAUCGGUCCUUGGCCGAGGAAAACUUGGGCCUCUUUAUUCAUUUCUUCAGCAAGGGCCACCCUGCGCUGCAAAUGACAGCCUUGCAUAUCUUAACUGAUAUCCUGAACGUCCACGGUUCACAGCUCUUGACGUCAACACCAGGCCUUCUCAAAGUCUAUCUCAAGGCUGUCAAGGGCAAUGCCAAGUCUGCAGAGGUGCAGGCAGCGGCAACGGUGGCAGCCACAAAGCUCCUUUUGGGUCGCGUGGUUAGCGACCCUGAAGCAAGCCAUGACUUGCUCAAGUCGUUGGUUGUGGCCUACUUUGAUCCAGCUUCAGCUCACAACCAGACUGUCAGACAGGCGCUGAAUUAUUUCUUGCCUGUAUUCUGCUACUCAAGGCCAGACAAUCAGGAUCUCAUGCGCUCGGUAGCUCUCGAGGCGCUACACGCACUCCUCAAUGUCCGAGAGAACUUUGAGGACGAUGAUGUCGACGUCGACGAGGACAUGGUCAGCUUGAGCACGGUUGGCGCAUGUCUUGUUGACUGGACGGAUCCCAGAAAGUGCUACACGCCAGAUCUGAUUCCAGAUGCGGACAAGAGAAAUGUCAAUGGCGACGUGCAUUUGGAGCUUGCUAUGGACAUUUUGGAAAGACUGAAUUCGAACAUUAGCAAGGAAGAGAAGAAGCUCGUUGCUUCUCUGCUGGGUAAACUUUAUAUUUCACCUGGUUCGUCCCCCGAUCGCCUUCGCGAGACGUAUACCGAGGUGUCAUGUGCUGUGGAAGACGGUAUCCUCACGGACGCCACCAGCCGGAACGCAUUAUACAAGGUCCACGUCAGCUUAGGCAAGAUUGUCAAUGGGCUAGAUGAAAGCAAGGCUGCGCCAACAGACCUCCGUGCCAGUGUCAGGAGCAACACCGCGCCAACUGACAGGCAAGGCACAGAGGACCGCUCAGGCCUCGAGUCAACGAGCAUACCAGAAGAAGAGGAGGUUGCCGACGAGACUGCUGUGCCGAAGAAAGAGGAAGACAUGAGCUUGGACGAUGAGAGUGUGGCCGAGGCAGGGAACGAUACGCAAGCGUCGUAGCGCUGCCUCAGAUGUAGCUGAAGUAACGACGAUACGAAGAAUGGGCGGGCUCUACCUGGUCUUAAUGCAAGCGGAAUGCAAGUAUUUAUCGGCGUGGUACUAACGUGAAUAUCCCGC